AUGCUGCUGUACGCGGAGAUUCUUCUUUGUUUAGCACACCCUGGUGGUGGUGUAGGUGCAGCAGGAAAGGAAGCUGCUGCUGCUGCUGUUAAGGAAAUGCUGCAGCAGAAAGGCAUUCGAUCUGUUUGCUGCUGCUGCAACAGCAGCAGCAACCCAACAGCAACAACUGCAGCAGAGGCUCAGCAGCAGCCUUCUGAAGUAGGCAGCAGCAGCAGCAGCAGCAGUAGCAGCAGCAGUAGCAGCAGCAGAAAGGAUAAGGAAGACGAUGGGGAACAUAGUGACACCGUUGAAAGGCCUUCUUCCAGCAGCAGCAGCAGCAACAGCAGCAGCAGCAGCAGCAGCAGCAGCAGCACAAUAAGGGAGCAAUGCUUACACCUGGAUAGUUUGCGUCUCUUUGCUGAGGCUUUGCUGCGGCUAAAAUAUUAUGACCGUUUGCUGCAGCAGCUGCUGCAUGCAUAUGAAUCAUGGACUAACAAGGAUCCGCUGCUGCUGCUGCUUGCUGCCACAGCACAUCUAUUAUUUAUGUUAUUUGGCUCUGGGGUUUUGACGUAUAAAAAAGAAGCAAAAAUUCUUGCUGCUGCUGAUUUUAGCUGCUGCACUUGGGUACUACACCUCGCGGUUGCUUUGUCUUCUGCUGCUGCUCGCAUGACUCCUUCGGAGUUUUUGGCCCUCGUGCGUGAGGAAAGAAAACAGCGGCAGCAGCAGAAGCAACAGCAGCAGCAGCAGCAGCAGGACGUGAGUAUGACCGAGAUGCAGCAAGAGGAAGACAAGGGUUUGCAGCUGAUCAUAGAGUGUCAGCAGCAAGCACAGCAGCAGCAACAGCAGCAGAAGGAGCAGCAGCGGCAACAGCAGCAGCUGCUGCAGCAGCAGCAGCAAAUACUCCCUAGCCCUGCUCUUGCUGCUGUUGCUUCCCGCUACCCCACAACUGAGCUUAUACGGGCAUUGGAGGUGUUAAGCGAAGGACUGUAUGCUGCUCCUGUCUUCAUUAGCUGCUGCAUGCAACUCGGGAAGACAGCAGAUUUAAUUGGUUUGCUGCAGCGUCUGCGGCAGCAACCGGGCUAUCAAGACUUGCGCUUCUAUGCGGAAGGAGUUUUCUUAAUGAUGAGAUCACAAUACGUAGAGGCUAUCGCUGCCUUCAGGCGAAGUAUAUCUUGUGGUGGCGGCGCUCUUUCUUCUAUUAGUUGGCGAUUUAGUCAUAUUUGUCUUGGCCAUUGUCUUAGUGCUGUAGCGCAGCAGCAGCAACAGCAACAGCAGCAGCAGCAGCAAGCUGCUGCUGCAUAUCAAGAAGCAUCUAGAGUUAUGCCAGGGGAUCCUUUGCCUUUAAUAUUAUAUGCAUUAGAGAGAGAUCCUCGUGCUCUUUCCUCAAGCUCAUUGGAGUGUCUACACAACGCACAAGUAGAGGAGGCGCUGCCUCUUGCGCAAGCAGCAGCAGCUGCUGCUGCUGAUACUGAGUUUGCUUUUGCUCGUUAUUUGGUGUACAUACACCUCGCUAGAUGCCUGCUAAGGAAGGCAGUCUUAUCUUCUACUAAUGAUCAGGAGUAUGUGGAUCUGCUGCUGGAGGCCUACGACGUGCUGCAGCAGCACGUAGAAGCAGCAACUUGCCGCUGCAGCGACAACAGCAGCAGCAGCUGCUGCAACGGCUGCUGCAGUGAAGCCCAUAAGUUGCUGCACGCCUGUCGCAUCCUCAUGGGGGCCCCCGACGAUUUGUCUUCUCCGCAGUCGGAGAUGUCUCAAGAUGCUGCAGCAGAAGCAGCAGCAGAAGCAGCAGCAGAAGCAGCAGCAGAAGCAGCAGCAGAAGCAGCAGAAGCAGCAGCAGCAAGACAGCCCUUCCCAGAAGCAAUGCUACAAGACUGCAAGUAG